ACUCUCUCGGUGAGACAGAGAGAGAGAGUGGGAGAGAAAGAGGCGGAUCAUGGAGUUCUACUCUCCAGAAAGCUCGAAGCUUUCCGCAAUGAAGAAGUCCGAGAAGGUGGGAAAAGCCAUGGAUGAAGAGCCCUGGCCGCGGAGGAGCAAGAGCGGCGUGAUGCUUGAAGGCUACGUCGACGAAUCCGUUGGUCUUUGUUUGAUGCCUGACGGUGGAGAGACGCCGGCGAUGGGGAGGACGAAGAGCCUCACGGAUGAGGACUUAGAGGAGCUCAAAGGGUGCCUGGAUCUUGGAUUCGGCUUCAGCUAUGAUGGGAUACCGGAGCUCUGUGGUACUCUCCCUGCUCUCGAGCUCUGCUAUUCAUUGUCUCAGAGGUUCCUCGACGAGCAGCAUCAGUAUAAUUCGCAUGAGGCUGGUCAUGAGCCGCCGUAUCCGUUGGCUAAUUGGAAGAUCUCCAGCCCUGGUAUGGCUCUUCGUGAUCUCAGACUUUGGAUUGAGUAUGAGUGGGUGAUCAUCCUGAAGAUGUUAAAGCAAGACUGAAGUAUUGGGCGCAAGCAGUGGCUUGUACUAUUCGGUUGUGUAGCUGACCAGUGCUUGCUAGCUGAUAUCAUAUAUAUAUGUGUGUGUGUGUCUAUAUAUACUGUAAUCUAAUGCCGAGAAGGAGUUUCAGCAGAAGUUGGAACUCCCGAUAUAAAUUCAGAGGAGCAUAUAUGUGUGUGUGUGUGUGUGUGUGUGUGUGUGUGUAUAAUGUAAUCUAAAGCCGAGAAGGAGUUUCAGCAGAAGUUUGAACUCCAGAUAUAAAUUCGGAGAAGAACAAGAUUCAGAAAGAUUGCAUGCCCAAUUAUCAUUACAUUAUAGUUCAACAUAUGAGCAACCUCAUAUGGGUUACUAAGUAUAUCAAUUUUGUAUCAUGUACAGUUUCCCUUUUGAUAUCAAUAAAAUGAGCUUAUCGACAGA